AUGACCUGUAUCUCUACGUCCAUGAGGCCGAACACGCCCAGCCCCCGCGAUCAGCCCACCAUGGCUUGGAGCAGCGCUGCGGGAGGUCUCUAUAUGCUGGGAGGGAUUAACAGCUAUGGCUAUCUGAAUGACCUGUAUCUCUAUGUCCACGAGGCGAAUCAGUGGCAGAAGAUAAAUGCCUCUGGCGAUGCGCCCAGCCCCCGCUAUAGGCACACCAUGGCCUGGAGCAGCGCUGCGGGAGGUCUGUAUGUGUUUGGAGGGUCUGACAGCAGCUAUAACUAUCUAAAUGACCUGUAUCUCUAUGUCCAUGAGGCGAAUCAGUGGCAGAAGAUCAAUGCCUCUGGCGAUGUGCCCAGCCCCCUCUAUGGGCACACCAUGGCCUGGAGCAGCGCUGCGGGAGGUCUGUAUGUGUUUGGACGGCUUGACAGCGGAGGCUACCUGAAGGACCCUAAUGACCUCCAUCUCUAUGUCCAUGAGGAGAACGAGUGGCGCCGUCCGACAUUUUGCAACUGCGCCAAGCCCAGUGCCGCCUAUGGGCACGCCAUGGCCUGGAGCAGCGCUGCAGGAGGUCUGUAUGUCUUUGGAGGGCUUGGCAGCGGCGAGUAUCUGAGUGAGCUGCAUCUCUAUGUUCAUGAG